UUAUCUGUUGCCAAAUUAAAAUUGCCUAAGGAACAUUCACCAAGAAUAUAGGGCACUUGGUUUGUUUUUAAAUAACCAACAUGUCGAAAAUCAAAAAGUUCUUUUCUCGGAAAAAGGAGGAAGCAGCAUUUAAGAAUAUUUACUUUUGUAGUUAAAAAUAGGUGGCGGAAUGGGACAAGGUCGGGCAUUAAACGCAACAGCACCUCCGAAUAGCUCAUGUUCUAAAUCCGGUAGUGUGUAUGUGCCACCAAAGCGCCAAGAAAUGAGUUCGGAAGCACGUCAAGCAGCUGCAGCAGCAUUAGCUCGUAUAGAGAAUAAAGAGACGAAGGAUUUCAAUACGUCCUUGGCAGCCAUUAAAGCUCAAGCGAAACGCGAGUUAGAAGCAGAACAGAAACUAAGGACAGAGGAGCUAAGCGUAUCUUCAGGGUCGUCAAGUACAGCGACAAAACGAAAUAUGGCAUGCGAAGGAGUUUUUUUUCGAUGUCCGCUAAUUAGUGAUGAAAUUUUGCCCAGAAAAGAAUGGAAAACUAAGAUAAAAGAGUUUCUCUAUCAACAAUUGGAAUCCGAACGAGCUUUGACAGCUUGCUUGAUAAUUUGCAACUGUAACACACGUGAAAAGUCUGAUGAUUGCAUACAAACACUUUCAAAAUAUCUUGAGAACAUCUAUAACCAUCCCGAAGAAGAGAAAUACUAUAAAAUUAGAAUGUCCAAUAAAAUUUUUACCGAGAAAGUUCGUUACGUAGAGGGUGCUUUAGAUUUUCUACUUGCAGCUGGUUUCCGUGAGAUUGAUAUCGAUGGUGAACCUUUUCUCGUUUGGUCUAAGGAAAAUAUAGAAAAUGAUUAUGACUUGCCUACUUUGCUUGACGCUUUGAAAAAUGCUGAAACUAUACAAUUAGAUUUAGACAGAAACAUUAGAGUCCUAAUGCCUUCACAGGCUAGAAGUGCAGAGUUGCCUGAUGAUUUUUAUCGAAUCUCUCCCAUGGAAAUCAAGCGUGAGCAGCAGCUACGAAGUGAAGCUAUUGAAAGUGCGCAAGUAUUACGGACAAAAGCAAUGCGCGAACGUGAAGAGCAGCGUAAUUUGCGUUUAUACCGUUUUGCAUUGAUAAGAGUUAAAUUUCCAAAUGGUAUUUACAUUCAGGGUACCUUUAAUGUCUACGAAAAAAUUAGGGAUAUUUAUGAAUUUGUGCAGUCGUGUCUUAUAGACGAAAAUUUGGAUUUUAAUUUAGUUGCUACUAAUGGUGUCAAAUUUACCGACGUAGACAUGGAAAAGACCUUAUAUGAUUUUCGACUCAUUCCAAAUAUUGUGCUACUCUUUACGUUUCCUGGCGCAACCACCUCGUUGGCAGUUGAUACAAAUUUUUUAAAAGAAGAAUUCUUGAUGUUGAUUCAAAAGAUGUAAAAUUCACCUUUUUCAGAAUAAUAGGGCAAAAUAUAAGUGUAAGCGAUCAUUGUAUUUUUUUUACUUAGUUGCUAUU